AUGGGUGCGAGAAAUGCUGCUAUGUGCUUUGUGCUAAUACUUGCGUUGUUUGCGAAUCAUGGUUCCGCAGAACAUAAGUGCUGGGAAAGUACCUCCGGUGCUCCGCUUUGUGUAGGCUUUCUGUGCAAGGCGACAUGCUUGAUUGGAGGCAAAAUGUUUAACGCCAUCGUAAAGGAACACAGGUGUAUAGGGCCAGCAUUGAGCAGCGAAUGCUACUGCUAUUUCUGCGACAAAUAG